GUAUUUUUAGCUGAGCCAUUCACUUCGUUUGUUGUAGGCAACCGUACAGACAGUUGUGUAGGCCUACCGUAUGGUCUCACUUAAUCGUUUUAAUAAAUUACAUCGAAUCCUUUACUGCUGAUUCGCUAUAUUGCUGAUUCCUUAGGAAAUAUUGUUGGAAUAAACAUUGGUUGUCUGGGAUUCUGCUGGCGGAUGCUGAAAAUCACAAGAGCCACUGAGCUGCUUGCCUCAUCCGUGAUGUCCAUGAUGAAACGCAAUGCUGCACUGGGUUUCUGAGACAAACCGCAGUGCCUUCUAGGAUGAAAUGAAUGAACCCAAAAUAUAUUUAGAAGUAAAAUAGACAGUCAAAGAGCGCGGACGGUCCACAGUAAGGCUGUGGCUCUACGUCUUCUCUCGACCGGAUAGGUUCCUGUGUUCUCUUGUAUUGUGGAUAACAAGAAACCUUCAAGACGGACGGGGUGGUAGAGCAUCGAGGGAAAAAUCGGGGCAAUAUGAGAGAGCGGGACUUUAUGCCCAACAUGGAGAGGGGCAAACCUGCCACCUAUACGGGGGACAAAAAGGCUAAGAUGGCUGCGAAGACGAACAAAAAGUGGGUGAGACUAGCCACUGUCUUCGCAUAUGUAUUGUCUGUGUCCUUAGCAGCCAUCAUUCUAGCCAUUUACUACAGCUUGAUAUGGAAGCCAACGAGCGCAUCCUCUCCAGCGGGAAAGCCGGUGGUGCCGGAGGAGGUCACAGCCUCCGCUAACAUCUCAACAAACAGCUCCACAAGCAUCAACGUCUUAGACACUAACUCUACACAGACAGAGCUUUUAUCUGUCAAUGACACCAGGUUAAGCGCAAAGCCUCAGACCAAGGCAUUUAACUGGGAGGGCAGAAGCAAGAGCCCGGCCAUCAUCUCCGACGGUGUUUUAUCAGAAAGUGCUCACUCGCAACCGAAACGGCUCUACGAGUCUACUCAAAGCCACACAGCCGCACAAACUGCGGAUAGACCGAACACUGUGGGGAGAGACAGUCAAGCGUCUCAGCUCACUGGGGACAAUCGGGGUUCGUUGCGCACUGGAGCACACAACACCAUGCAUGAUGAGAGAGGGGAGAAGGAUGCGGACCGACCAGCUACUGGCAGUGCGGAUCAAGCAGCUGCAGAUGCUGCUCCUUAAACCUCAAAGGCUCAGCUGCGCACCUCCGCCACGAGCCAACAGUGAUUGCACAAAUGAGACUGGCCAGGCCUUUAAACAGGGAUCUAACCAGUGUUUGACAGACUUAUGCUGCGGUCGGAUAUAAUAGCCUACAGACAGGCGUCUUCGUGGAACAGAUGUCGAAGAACAGAGGAUGCUGCGAGAAUUGCACAGGCUUCAUGCACGUAUUUUAUUGAUAUGUUAUAUACCAAUAAUCUGAAUGAGUAUGACUGACAAUUAUAGACAAACUGCUUCAAAGGAAUGUUGUUUUUCCCUAAAACACUAUGCGUUUUCUGUUAGGCUACUUUAGGCUAUGCAUUAAUUGAUGUAGGCCUACGUCAUCUUUCCUUUGGACAUCUCCACCAAGGUCAUUUAUUUAUAUCCAUAUUAUGGACAAGGACAUGACAUACGCCUGUAUUUAAAGCUAGAAUCCUUAAUUGAAACAAUAACAAAGCGGCAUCCCACUUCUGUUUUGGUAAAACGCUAAGGGAUGGGCCUGAAGAAAUGUAACCACUCUCAAAGUUAUAGACAGAGGUAUGGGUGCAGGGACUGGCCAUUCAUUAUAUAAAAAAUCUAGUUUAACCAUGUUUUGAGGCUAUACAGUGUUUGUUACUAUUUACAUUGUUUACAAACAUUGGGGUAAAACAAGCUUAUAUGUUGGGUUCUGGUGAGGUACGUCAGUUGAACUAAGCUCCUGAGGCAUUUAGAAGUUCAAUUUUUCGAGAAUCAAUGGGUAUAUAUCCUUAAUAAGUCAAACAAUUUAGCACUUAAGGAUUCUAGCUUUAACUGGUACAGGAGAUACGCCCGUGGUUUGCAGGAUAUGUAAAUUACGCAUAAACUAUGGGCCUCCAAUUCUAUUCAAUAGCAUAGCCAUUUAUUAUUGCCAUUGAUUGGCCGAGCUAUUGAACAACAGGAAUGCAUUUACAAAGCAUUGUGUCCUCUAUAUUUCAUUUCACGGAUACAUCUGGAUUCCUGGUAUAUAGGAACCUGUAUUAUUGAGUUAAGCUCAGGUAUAUGUGCAUAUAACCAUGUAAAUGUAUUGUGUAUUUGGUCAUGUAUAUAGGGCAGAUAGUGUACAUCCUUUGGCCUUGAUCUAACUUCUAGUCUAAUUAGAUACUUUUUAUUAAGACUAUGUCACUUAGGUCUAAAUCACAAGGAAAAUAAACGUCCUAUAAAAUGUU